AUGGCGACCACUGUGGACAAGAUCAAGGAGAUUGAGACCGAAAUGGCUCGGACUCAAAAAAAUAAGGCCACCUCGUAUCAUCUAGGUCAACUGAAAGCUAAACUUGCGAAGCUAAAAAGAGAGCUUCUCGCUCCGUCCUCUAGCGGCGGGGGCGGCGGUGGUUAUGGCUUCGACGUUGCACGUACUGGCGUAGCAAGCGUGGGCUUUAUUGGCUUCCCAUCCGUCGGGAAGAGUACUUUGAUGAGCAAAUUAACUGGACAGCAUUCUGAGGCCGCCGAUUACGAAUUCACGACUUUAACGACUGUACCCGGCCAAGUAAUAUAUAACGGCGCAAAAAUUCAAAUGCUUGAUUUGCCCGGUAUCAUCCAGGGAGCAAAGGAUGGCAAAGGCCGGGGUCGACAGGUUAUUGCCGUCGCCAAAACGUGCCAUCUUAUUUUCAUCGUCCUGGAUGUGAACAAGCCGUUGACGGAUAAGAAAAUCAUCGAGUCAGAAUUGGAAGGUUUCGGUAUCAGGAUAAACAAGGCACCGCCAAACAUAGUAUUUAAGAAAAAGGACAAAGGUGGUAUUUCCAUCACGAGUACCGUGCCACUAACGAAUAUCGAUCACGAUGAAAUCAAAGCGGUGAUGAGCGAAUAUCGAAUCUCUUCCGCGGACAUUGCAAUUCGGUGCGACGCAACGAUUGAUGAUCUUAUCGAUGUGCUCGAGGCGAGAAGUCGGAGCUAUAUUCCCGUCGUCUAUGCUUUGAACAAGAUCGAUUCUAUAUCAAUUGAGGAAUUGGACCUACUCUAUCGUAUCCCGAACGCAGUUCCUAUCAGUUCCGAACACGGUUGGAAUAUCGACGAGCUCCUCGAGCUUAUGUGGGAAAAACUCGACCUAAGGAGAGUCUAUACGAAACCCAAGGGCAAGAAUCCUGAUUAUACCUCUCCUGUAGUUUUGCGUAGUAAUGCUAGCACCGUUGAAGAUUUCUGCAAUUCCAUACAUAAAACAAUCGUAGAUCAAUUCAAACAUGCAAUCGUUUAUGGUCGUUCGGUCAAGCAUCAACCUCAGCGAGUGGGACUCAGCCAUGAACUCGCUGAUGAGGACAUAAUCACGAUCGUCAAGCGAUAG